CGGUGCAAGCGCAGCCCGAUGUUGCAGCGCAGGCAACUAAGGGAGGCGGCGCUCAUUGCGCUCACAGUGUUCUUCCUGCUCAUUGGAGUUUCUUGGGCGCGACACAUCGAUGAAGAUUGCAUUGCUUUUCAGGAGAAGACGAUAAACGUUCCAGGGUCAUCCCUAAACAUCACUUCUUGGAAUGACUCACCUGAGGAGCAAGAGUUCCUGGCAUUGUUUUUGUAUUUCUAUGGAAAAGAAUACCCCAAAACUUACUCCAUUCUUUAUGUUUUCCCGUCGAUGUUUCAGCUUGUAGAUCUUAAAAAUAGUGAAUCAAAAAAGAGGAAUUUUGCAAUAAAUCCUCCAUUACUAAAUGGGUGGGUGGAUCUACAGCUGAAGUUCGAGGAGAAGCUAGAAGUGCGGAUUGCUGGAUGGCCAGGCCCGCUGAUUAAGGUACCUAACGCCUUCCAUGUGGAGAAGGUGAAACUCAAAGGGAGCAACACGACGGUUAACUGCCGUGACGAUAUGGUCGCAUGGCGUGUUAAUCAUACACGGCAGGUCAUCCCAGUGGCAGGUGCAGCCCCGUAUCGCCUUACCAUGUUCUCUGGUUCGUCUUUCACUCCAAAGUUCAUUUCUGCCGAAGAAGAGUUAUCGCUCGGUUUGGAAGGGGAGGCCUAUGUAAUUGGACAGGGAGUGCCUCGCCUGCCUCCCUAUAAGGAUCAUAAUUUCACGCUGGCGUGUAAUCACUCUGAUUCGAGAGUAAAUAGUUGCUACUUGCAGGCACUUGACAGUUGCGUCAUAGGUCCACUUGUGUGCAGCGAAAUCGAUUGUUCCAUCACAGUGUCAACAGGACAUGGAUAUUUCUUCCUUUUAUUGAUUCGGAAGACCGUCAACAAUACUGAAGAUGACGCAACCACUUUAGAUAUCACUGAAAGUAGAGUUAUAGGACGAUAG